AUGACCUGGCCGGAUAUCGACUAUCUUGAGCUGCCCAACGGGCGAACCAUUACCGUUUGCGCAUCUCAUCACAUGGUCACCUGCGGAAAAUGUUGUCUUGACUUCAGCCAUGACUUCGAGUACGACGAAGACGGAAACUACUUGGACGAGGAUGAAGAGGACGACGAAGAAAUCUUUGGCUUUGACUACGACUCUCGCCUUCCCAGGGAUGUCAGCUUCGCUCAUGUUGCGAAUGGCCGAUAUGGCCGUCCCGAGAGAAUCACUGCGAGCGGAUCUCGCGAUGGUCCGCCGCCCCUCAUCGACGACGAUGAACUGAUCUCCACCGUUCGUAUGGGGGAAGGCCAAAAGAUUAUUCCCGGGGCACCUACUCUCAACCCAUCUGUCUCUUGCCGCAGUGAAUUCUCCGGCAAAUUGUUUCCCUUCAAAUUCAACCCGCACCACGACUCGCAGACCAGUACGCCUUUGGAGCCUAAAGAACUUUUCCUUCCGAAAAAGUCCUUGAUAUCUAUUACAUCUGUUAUCCGCUUCAUCAAUCGCUACGACGACUCGGAAGUUCUCAUUUACACCGACGGGGCCUGUCUUGACAACGGCAACGCUGCAGCCCGCAGUGGCUCCGCCUUCAUCUUCAAGCCGGUACUCCCCAAUGACGAGAACGGGUGUGUGGCCUUCAAGCUCGAGGAAAAGGGGCCAGACGGUCAGACAUACCGCCACACCAGCAACCGCGCCGAGCUGCGCGCCGCCCUCGCCGCGCUCCAAUUCAGGGCCUGGUGGGGUGAGGGUGUCAAAAGUAUCGUCAUUGCCACCGACUCAAGCUACGUCGUGAACGGUGCCACCGACUGGGCUCGCGCGUGGAUCAAGAAGGGCUGGCGAACAAGCGCCGGCGAACACGUGAAGAAUAGGGACCUAUGGGAGGCCCUGUUGCUUAGGAGUGAGAUACUCCACGAUAACAAUGUUCACGUCCGCUUCUGGUACAUUCCUCGCAAGUUCAAUAACGAGGCUGACAGGGCUGCCAAACGCGCGGCUGCAAUUGUUGAGCCGACUGUUGAGUUUAGCAAAAUAUUGGGGGUUCUCGUUUAA